ACGGACGCCAUCCACCCAGACUGCGCUCUGGUGGUUCAGCACAUGAAGGCCCAAGAAGAGUGCAACCAGAUCCUCCGAGGGGAGGAGAAGAACCGCUCCACCAGGACAGGUUGUCCGACGCUGUGGGAUGAUAUUCGUUGUUGGUCUCGUGCCGAGGUCGGUCAGGUGGUCAGCGUCUUGUGCUCCAACGUCUCCCAGCUGUUUGCUAAUAAUAAAGGUUUCGUCUACAGGAACUGCACUGAGGACGGCUGGACCGAGCUCUACCCGUCCUAUGAGGACGCCUGCGAGUUCACAGAGUACGAAGUGACAGAACCCGAGACGACAUACUUCUCCAACUUCAAACAGUUGUACACAGCCGGCUACGCCACCUCCCUCAUCUCGCUUAUAUCGGCUAUUUUCGUCUUCACUGUUUUCAGGAAGUUUCACUGCACCAGGAACUACAUCCACAUCAACCUGUUCUUCUCCUUCAUCCUGAGAGCGAGCGCUGUCUUCAUCAAAGAUGGCGUCCUUUUUUCUGAUGAAGACCUCGACCAUUGCUUCAUGUCCAGUGCGUCCUGUAAAUCAGCAGUGGUCUUCUUCCAGUUUAGCAUCCUGGCAAACUACUUCUGGCUGCUGGUGGAGGGGAUGUACCUGCAGACGCUGCUCGCUCUCACCUUUGUCUUCCAGAAGAAAUACUUCUGGUGGUACAUACUCAUCGGCUGGGGUCUCCCAACGACAAUCAUAACAGUGUGGAUCCUCACUCGAAACUUCUACGAUAACACGGGGUGCUGGGACGACACAGACGUGGCCUUCGUCUGGUGGAUCAUAAAGGCUCCGAUAACAGCGUCACUUCUGGUGAACUUCAUCAUCUUCAUCAACGUGAUCCGCAUUCUGGUCCAGAAGUUGACGUCUCCUGGUGUCGGCGGCAACGACACGAGUCACUUCAAGCGGCUGGCUAAAUCCACUCUGCUCCUCAUCCCUCUGUUCGGGAUGCACUACAUGGUGUUUGCUUUCCUGCCCGAGAACACGGGCGCAGAGGCUCGGCUCUUUAUAGAGCUUGGUUUGGGAUCCUUUCAGGGAUUUGUUGUGGCCCUGCUCUACUGUUUCCUGAAUGGUGAGGUGCAGGCGGAGCUGAAGAAGAGGAUUUGGAAGUGGCAGACUCAGAGCUACCUGAGCUACAGUAAACGACGGCGUACCCUCUUCACUGAAAGCAGCACGGUCACUCAGAUAUCUGUCCUGGAUAAAUCCAGCCCCAAAGACCUGCCGCCAUCGGAGACGCACGCCCUCACGCGCAACAACGUGUCCAGUGUAUGAGGAAGACUUUAACCACGCUGGGCUUCAUGUCCAGGAUCACACCACAUCCUGAGAAAGUGACUGAACUCAGAGUCUGAUGUUGAAUGUUGGAGGUAGCUCCUCUUGACUCUGUUUGUUGUGAAGGGUUUUCAGAAUCCUGCGUGGGCUGUCAGGUCGACCCUGUGUUUACUUAAACGUCUUUUUAUUCACCAUCA